CUCUGUUAAGGGACAGAAAAACGGAGAGGGGAAAAGCAACCGCACGCACGGAAGCAAUGGCGCUAAGAUUCCCCACGCAGCUCGUGACGCGUGGCGCGGUCCACCACAACCACGACCACGCCAAAACCACCACCACCACCGCCGCCACCGGUAGUUCGCUCUCCUGGCGGCGAACUUUAAUACCGGACCCUCUUGUCUCCUCCACCGCACUCCCCAGGAAAUGUCAUGUGCAGUGGACGGUGAAAUGCAGUGCCAGUGGCACUUCACAGGCGAUGAAUUUAGCGCCGGGAACGCCGGUGAGGCCGACCAGCAUACUGGUGGUUGGUGCUACGGGGACACUGGGGAGGCAGAUUGUAAGACGCGCGCUUGAUGAAGGCUACGACGUGAGGUGCCUUGUGAGACCUAGACCUGCGCCGGCUGACUUUCUUCGUGAUUGGGGCGCCACCGUUGUUAAUGCAGAUCUUAGUAAACUGGAGACGAUUCCGGCGACAUUAGUCGGCAUCCAUACCGUCAUCGAUUGCGCCACCGGCCGUCCGGAAGAACCGAUAAAGACGGUAGAUUGGGAAGGAAAAGUUGCUCUCAUACAAUGUGCAAAAGCAAUGGGAAUCCAGAAAUACAUAUUCUAUUCCAUCCACAACUGUGACAAGCACCCUGAAGUUCCAUUAAUGGAGAUCAAGUAUUGCACAGAGAAAUUUCUUCAGGACUCAGGCCUAAAUCACAUCAUUAUCCGUUUAUGUGGUUUCAUGCAAGGUCUUAUUGGGCAAUAUGCAGUACCUAUACUGGAAGAGAAAUCUGUUUGGGGAACAGAUGCUCCAACACGAAUUGCGUAUAUGGACACCCAGGAUAUAGCCCGGUUGACAUUUAUAGGUUUACGCAAUGAGAAUAUCAAUGGGAAGCUUUUAACAUUUGCUGGUCCUCGUGCAUGGACAACCCAAGAGGUGAUCACACUGUGUGAGAGGCUGGCAGGGCAAGAUGCAAAUGUUACUACUGUCCCAGUUUAUAUCUUGAGAUUGACUCGUCAACUGACUCGAUUUUUUGAGUGGACAAAUGAUGUAGCGGAUAGACUGGCAUUUUCAGAGGUUCUUACAAGUGAUACUGUUUUCUCAGUUCCAAUGGCGGAGACAUAUAACCUUCUUGGUGUUGAUUCUAAAGAUAUAGUGACACUGGAAAUGUAUUUGCAAGAUUACUUCACAAACAUUCUAAAGAAAUUGAAGGACCUCAAAGCACAAUCAAAGCAAACCGACAUCUACUUUUGAAAGAGUACCAAGUAAUUGAAUUCCACAACAAUCUUGCAUUCUAUUUUCCAAGGUUAACUGAUUCUUUCAUGUGAGAUGAUCUUGUAUUUGUAGUUGUUAAUGAUUUUGCACUUUUAUUUGACAUGUUUUAUAUGUUAAAGGGAUCUAGAUUCUGAUACUCCCAAAAGAGCCUUGCAAUCAAAAUUCUUAUUGUUAUGUUGUCUUUUUUGAGUUUUUGGAGUUAUGGAGGGAAUCAUUUGGUGUUACUGACAUGUUGAAGAUUGGAGGUGUUGAAGAGUGGAGACCCUACCCUUCAGUUAGGUGUUAAAAAGAUAGAAUGAUGAUUGUUAAGGUGGGUCGCUGUAAACAACCCCA